AUGGCUGGAACAUUAUUUCGUUCCUUAUUUAAUACGGCUCUGACUCUGCCAAAACCUAAUAUUGCUACAAUUAAAUCCUUUCAUAGUGGGCCAGUAUAUUAUGCCGCUCGUAAAGGAACUAGAGCAAAGGCCCGAGCAAAGAAAGUAAAAGUUGAGAUCACUAAAGUGGGCUUCAUUCCUCAUAAUCAAAGAGGAAGAAAAGCUGUAAAAGUUCAAAUAAAUAAGCAUUUAGAUGAUUCAUUCAAAAAUGAAUCAAAAGAUGAUGUUUACCCAAUGCGUUAUUACCGUUGGGUAGUGUACACUGCAGAGGAUGCAGUUAAGGCUCAUCAGGAAACUCAUCAUCCAACUAUGUAUAAUGCUCUGGAUUCAUAUGUUUUUGCACAAAUUGAAUUAAAUAUGGAGGGUAUUAAAAAGAAUCGUUAUGUAGACAACUUUACACGUCUAACCCUGUUACCCCACUACUUCCCAAGAGAAGAAGAAAGAACAAUCCUGGCCUUUUGUAAGGGACCAGAACUAAUAAAGCAGGUUGCUGAAGCUGGUGCCACUACUGUUGGUAGCACUGAGCUAGUCAAGAAGAUUCAGGAAGGUGAAAUUAAACUUGGUGACUAUGACUAUGUAAUAGCUCAUCCAAAUAUCUUAACCGACUUAGUCCCAAUAAGAGGGUUAAUGAAGAGACGCUUCCCAAACUUAAAAGCUGGUACAUUGGACCCCAAUAUCUGUGAACUGGUGAAGAAAUUUGCAGCAGGCAUACAAUUUAGGGUUAUAAAAGAUGAAAAUCAACAAAAUUAUGGAUUCGUUGAAGUGCCUGUUGGAAGGUUAAAUAUGGAUGCCAAACAAGUAGCAGAGAAUAUUGAUACCUUGUUAAAAGAUAUACAAGCUGUGCGUCCUAAACGGGAUGGACUUUUCAUUACAAGAUGCCUCAUUGUCAGUCCGCCAUCAUCAGAGAAAUUAAAAAUCGAUCCAUUUGUACAUGUUGAUCGCACUCUGUCCAAAGAAGUGCAAGAAGAAAGCGAUGAUGAAGAAGAAAUUGCCGCUAAAGCU